AUGCCUCCUGCUCGUCGUUCUGCACGACUCAGAGUGAACUUUCUCGUUCGUUCGCCCAUAAUGGACGACGACGACAUAACAUCUGAUGGACCGCCUCGCUCAAAAACACCUAGGGAAUCAACUGGACCCCGGUUCACUGUUCAGUGGUACAAUGAUCAUGGACUUACUGAUGUGCUAGUGAAUUAUCUGAGUACUCACCCUGCCGAUUGCAGGAUUUUGUUUUAUUCAGAUGGAAAAAAAUCCAUGGCUGCUACUGGUGCUGAUAGCCCCUUGGGCUCAGACAAGGGGCAAAUUUACGGUGGUCUCGCCAAGAUCAUCUUUACAGAUCACCCCAAGUACAGUGCCGCAUAUUCAUCUAAUCCCAAAAAAUUCCGCGAUGCUGUUGGCAGUCGCAUCACCACGCACGUCCUUUUUCUCAGGAACAAAUACAAGAAGGUCAAAGCAUCAUUUGGCAGCACGGGCGCUGGGGUGAUGCCAACUGAAGGGAGUCAGGCAAAGAACCUGUUGGACGCAGCACUUUUGGAGCUGCCAUGGUACAAGGAUCUUGAUACCAUCUGGCACUCCAAUCCUUCGAUGGCUGCGACCACACACUUGUCAAAACCAGGCGUUGAUCACGCCGGUGCCCUGUAUUCCCUUGUUCAGUCGAAUAGCGGGGCCGGUUCCUUUACAUACUUCGGCGCCACUCAGCAGCCAUUGCAUCCCCCCAAUGUUCAGCCAUUGCAUCCCCCCAACAUUCAGCCAUUGCAUCCCCCGAACUUAUCAUAUCCUGCGCCCCUGCACUACGCCCCCCCUGUACCUCCUAACGCGAAUAUACUUGCUGGCAGCCAGCGCCUGGGGGAUCCUGCCGAGGACGACGACAUGAUACUCGAUGACGCUUCCCCAGUUGCAGGGAAGAAGCGUCAGCUCCCCUCAAUGCCAUCUCCUCCUCCCAAUGUUCCAGAACCGUUCGAGGUACCAGCAAAAACUCCGGCAUCGGCAUACAACAGCCGUUCAGCGUUUAGGGCACAGAAGCCCUCAAGCCAUGGGAGCCGACGCAGACUGCCGUCAGAGAUGUCAUGCAGCGCAUCGACACCAUCAUCGACGACGCGCAACACUACCUCGUCGUCGGACUUCCACAUGUCCCCGACACCUGAGACCUCCCUUCCAAAUAGCGCCGGCAGCUCGAAGAAGAAGAAGGUGAAGUCGGACGUGUCACAGCAGGUGGGACAGGUGAGAGACGAGAUUGAGAGCAUGCACUCGGACACGAUGUCGCGCCAUGACAGCAAACACCUUCACUUCCUCGCAAAGCUCGAGGUUAAAAGCGAGCAUAGUCGCGACACUAAAAAGUAUGAGUGGCUUCGUUCCAACCGCGAGCAUGAAGCCUCCCAAGCCACUGUCACCCAUCAGCACAUGCAAGAGGUGAAAACCACCGAGAUUCGCCUUUGUGAGACGGACAUUCGUGUCCACCAAGCACAUUCAGAAGUACUCGACAAGGAAGCGGAGACUCUGCGACUCAAGAUUCAAUUCCACCAAAUGAUGCAGGCCAGCAAGGUGGCAUUAGAUGGAGGAGUUGGGUGA